AUGGCAACUUCAGUACCGGGCCUCAAUGGCCACCAAAAUGGCGAAGAUCACACCCCCGAUCACGGACUCACAAACCUGUCACUUUCCUCUAGGACUGUUCACGCAGAUGACUUCCUUAACCAAACUCAAGAUGUAGCACCAGCCCUGCAUGUCUCUACUACUUAUCGUUACAACAGAGAUCCAGACAAGCUACAAACAUUAGCGAGCAUGGGUCCAGAACAUUCUGCAUAUGAAGGACAUGUCUAUUCCCGGCACACGGCGCCAAACACUACACGCUUUGAGGCUAUCCUCUCAGAAAUCCUCAAGGGACCCUCACUUACGUACUCUUCUGGACUAAGCGCCUUCCACUCAAUGCUGGUGUUCCUCAACCCAAAACGCAUUGCUAUUGGAGAAGGAUAUCACGGCUGCCACGGUAUUAUCGACAUACAUAAGAAACUUACGGGGCUUCAGAAACUAGACCUGGAUUGCCCGGCCGAGGACCUGCAGCCUGGAGACAUAGUGCACGUGGAAACACCACUGAAUCCCACUGGCGAAGCGAGAAACCUGAAAGCAUAUGCCGAAAAGGCUCACUCACGGGGCGCUUUCCUCACCGUGGAUGCGACGUUUGCUCCUCCUCCUUUGCAGGACCCAUUUCUCUGGGGUGCGGACAUCGUCAUGCACUCCGGGACAAAAUAUAUCGGCGGACAUUCCGACAUGCUUUGUGGAAUUCUUGCCGUGAACCCGAAGUGGGCAAAGGAGAAGUGGUUUGAGAAGUUGGGGGCGGAGAGGCUGCAUUUGGGGAAUGUGAUGGGGAAUAUGGAGGGGUGGUUGGGUAUUCGUAGUGUGAGAACCCUUGAGGUGCGAGUCGAGAAACAGGCGUUCAGUGUCGGGAAGCUUGUUGGGUGGCUAAAUUCUGCUCUCACCUCUAAGGCUGAAGAUGCAGAGAGUAAGGUUGUGCAAGCUGUGCUCGCGAAGAUAGAGCAUGCGAGUCUGCAGGAAGCUGACAUUAAGGAUGGCUGGCUGCUGAAACAGAUGCCGAAGGGCUUUGGUCCAGUCUUCUCCAUUGUCAUGAAGGAAGAACGGUUUGCGAAGAGACUGCCGAGUAAAUUGGAGCUGUUCCACCAUGCUACUAGUCUGGGUGGGGUCGAGAGUCUAAUCGAAUGGAGGACGAUGACUGAUUCACAGGUUGACACACGAUUAUUGCGGAUUAGCAUUGGGAUUGAGGGGUGGGAAGACCUGAGAGAUGAUUUACUGCAAGGCUUUAAAGCGCUUUUGGCUGAGACGAAGUGA